AUGAGAUGCUCGCGGACAGUGUUCGUCGUUGUGGUGUUCAUCUUGUUUUUCGCGCUCGAUGACGGUGAAGCAGCUAGAGGAAGUAGUAGUCGUGGAUCGAGAAGUAAAACUAGAUCAAAGUCAAAGUCGAAAAACAGCCGAAGCAGCGGCGGUAGCAGCGGCAGUGGCAGCUCUGGUUCCAAACCCAAAAUCACGAAGUACACUCCAAUCAAAGCAACCACAGUUCGCUCUCCUGUUAUCACGAGACAAACAAAACUUGGUUCGCGCUCAGACACAUUCACUAAAGUCCUUAUGGGUUACAUGGUGUUUCGCUAUACCUUUGCAACUGCGCCCGUUUACCGAAGAGGUUACCCAAUGUACGGAAGUCAUGUGUCCAUCCCCGAAAAGCGAGCAGUCAGGGUUAUUUAUGAAGAACAGAAGUUGUUAAAUGCUAAAGGAGAAUUGUGUCUCAACCAGUCCUCCGCAGAUCAGACUUUACGGGAAGGUAUUAAUGACAACUUGGUUGAACUAAACACAACAGUCAAGUAUGAGGAUGGAGAAAUGCAGAGUUAUUAUGGGAUUAACAAUACUAUUUCCCUGGAAGACAUCAAAGAAGAGAACUUUGAAGUGAUAAGCCGUGCUCGAUACAAUACAACCAUCGUCGAGAAAACUUCAUGUGCACAAGUCGAGAGCAAAAUUAAUGGCACAAUGAUUGAAAUGUACGAGACAAAUCCAAACAUAGCAGACCAUCUUCGCUUCAGUAACAAUCUGCUUUACUUUAUUGUUAUUGUGCUGAUUGUGGCUAUCUUUUAG